AUGUACCCUCUCGAAAAUUUUACCCAGACCAACGCACUCGCCAUUCUGACCGCGGUGUUCUACUACAAAUCCCUCACUCUGCCAAAUGCACCCAUCCCGAAUGUGCAACUCAUGAACAAGAGUUGGUUCGAGCGGUCGAUAUGGUUCCGCACGACCUCCUCUAAGGGCGUUGUAUGCGCCAUGUCCUUCCUGGACGUCGCAAGUGCCCUCCGCCUCUCCAGGGACCCCGAUUCCUGCACCGCAUCUCUCGGUUUCUCCACCACACCAGUCGUUGCCAUCAUCGGCGCUGCGACGACUAUAGUCGCCGGGCUCCUCCGUGUCUGGUGCUUCGCCGAGCUCGGAACCCUCUUCGACUUCGCCUUCAACAUCAAGGCUGAUCACCGCCUAGUGACUACCGGUCCGUACGCGUACGUUCGCCACCCGAGCUACACGGGAUGCUUCGCAGCGUACAUCGGCGCCACGAUCUUCAUGUACGCCCCGGGGCAGUGGCUGUCGGAAUGCGGGUCAGGGAGUGUCGUAGGGUUGGCAGUGAGCUGUGUGUGGUUUUGGAACCUUGUGGUUUGCUUUUACGGGCUGGGAAGACGCAUGGGGGCGGAGGAUGAGGGACUCAGGCGCCGGUUCGGGAAGGAGUGGGACGAGUUUGCGCAGAGAGUUCCUCGCCGCUUGAUCCCAGGUAUAUACUGA